AACUUCUGUGAAGCCUAUGACUGUUCGUUGAAGCUCUAUUUCUCAGAAACUCGAAACUCUUCAACAUACAAAUCAUUCACGUCUCUCUCUCUUUCUCAAAUUAUACUAAAAAGAUUCAAUCUUUCUCCUUGGAAGUAAAACUAGCGCUGAAAUGAUGGAAGACCCGUCUUCAAAAGAAGAGAUUACACGAGUCCUUAAAGUCCUAGAAGCUCUUAAACAAGCUUCCCAUGAGCUACAAACACUACCGAGCACCAACUUGACCGAGUCCAACUCACCUGCCAUUAAAGCUUUGUUAGAGCUCGAGACUGAGUCAGAUACAAUUCUCUCAAAAGACCCAUAUCUCUCUACUCUCUCUCAACACCUUACUAAGCUCAAAUCCCUUGUUGACACUCUACAGAAAUGCUGUGAUCAUGGCCUUAGAAGUUUUUUGACUCGCAGAGUCUUGAUUCAGUCUAUCUCCCGCGUUGCUGGGUCCAUCGAGUCGGAGAUUCAAGCUUGGAUUGAUCGUGAAAGUAUAGAGAGUUUGAUAAAAGGUUUGAACGAGCCGUUGCAAACUGAGGAAGAUGAUUUGGUGAGUUUGUUGAGUCAGUUUGGGGACCGAGUUUCACAAGGGUUUAACCGUGAGUUACAAGACUUGGUGCUUAAAUCAAAGAUUUUUUGUUUACUUGAAAGAGUUUUAUGUAACCCCAAUUGCUCAAAAAAGGUAAGAGAACAGUGUGCUUUUGUUGUUUCAGCUUUGAUUAGAUUUAACAAGGAUGUUUUUGCUGGUCAAGUGUUGAUGGGUCCUUUGAUUCAUGCUCUUGUCUCAAUGGCUUCUUGGGAAUCGAUGAAAGUACUCUGUUCAUUAAUCAAGUCAAUAAAAUCACCACUCGUUGACGAGAUCGAGUCUAAUGGUGAAAUCCCAAAAAUCAUUAGUUUCUUGGACUACAAAGACUUGCAUUGGAGAGUUGUAGCAAUGGAUUGCAUUCUUGAAAUUGGCUAUUUCGGCCGAAAAGAGGCCAUUGAAGCCAUGCUUAGAGAAGGGUUGAUAAAGAAGCUAAUGGAGUUGCAAAGAUCAGAACUUGGUGAGGAUUUGAUUGAUAUGGGAAUGUUUGAUGAUGAGAAAGAGAGAGGUAAAGGAGAGAAGAAGUUUUCAGAGAGUCAUCCAUUUGCAAGUUGUGUGGCAAGAUUUGCAGUUCACUUAGAGGUGGGAGAAGGGUUAAGGCAAAGAGAGAGGAGGGCAUUUAAGCAAGAGAUAUUGAAGAGAGUAAGGGAAGCUUGUGUUUCUGAUGCUGAGGCUGCUACUGUUAUAGCUGAAGUUCUUUGGGGUUCUUCACCUUGAAAUUGUGCAAUAACAAAUUUGGACUAGCAAGAAAUUGGAAAGGAAUCUGUGGAGAUUUUGGAACAAGGACCUUCUUUCUACAGUUUGGGAAAUCAUGCGGAUGAAUGUAUACUUUAAGCUUAAGCUUUAAUGCCUUGGAGGCUCGAGAUUUGGAGGGGGCAUCCUUGCUUGGCAUAUGCUGUUGGGCUUGAAGAUUCUAAUUUGUGUGCUUUCAUGGUCAACACACCGAGACAUUGAUAGAACUGACUAUUUCGUUC